AUGGCGGGUGUGCUGCUGACUGCCCUUCUGGCUCUGGUCUCUGUGCCCAGGGCCCAGGCAUUGUGGCUGGGGAGGCUGGACCCUCAGCAGCUUCUGGGGUCCUGGUACGUGGUCGCCGUGGCCUCGGGGGAAAGGGACUUUGCGGUGGAGAAGGCCACGAAGAACAUUGAGGGGGUCGUGGUGACCCUCACUCCUGAAAACAACCUGAAGAUGCUGGCCUCCCGGCACAGGCUGGAGAGGUGCCACCUGCACACCGUGGAACUGCUGAAGCAAAAUUCCAGAUGGGUGUUCGGGAACCCCUCCCUGGGCGUGCUGGAGUACCGGGUUCUGGGCACCAACUUCAGAGACUAUGCCGUGGUGUUCACACAGCUGGAGCUGGCGGACGAGGCCUUUGGCACCGUGGAGCUGUACAGCCGGACAGAGCUGGCCAGCCAGGAGGCCAUGAGCCUCUUCACCAAGUGGAGCAAAGGCUUGGGCUUCUUGUCUCAGCAGCAGGCCACGCUACAGAGGGACCGUGAGUGUCGCCUCAUGCUGGGGGAUGGAGCGUGGGGCCACUCGCCAGGUUCUGCUGGACCUGGGGACCCUCCGGGCCUCAGGGAGCCAGGCGGGGGUCUUCAAGGAGUCACCUCCUCCCUGCCCAAAGUCGGGCUCGCGGGGCCGGUCCCCGUCUCAGGUGGGGCUCCGGGUGGUCAGUGGCUGCUCGCUGUCCUGGGCGCCCGGCUGGGCAGGGAGAUGCCCAGUACUCACAGCCAUCUCGCUUCCCCUGCAGUCACCUGUGCACUCAAGGCCUUCCAGGUGAGCUGCCCUCCCGAGCACCCCCGGCUCCUGGGUCGGGGAGGGGCCUGGGUCUCUGGGGGCCCCUUCUUUCCAGCGGCCCUGCUGCCAUGCAGGCUGGGGGCUGGGGCAGCUGAUGGCUUUCAGGGUCCCCUGUGCUCUUCUUGGUUUUCAGUGAAUGCCGUGGUCCCUGGGGACGGCCGGUAG